AUGCCGAGGCUUGAAAAGCAUAUCACGGAAAGGAACCUGGAGGCAAUCUUCGAACACCUUCACACUGACUGUGUGGUUGUGCAAAAAAACAAAGAGGUCUCUUAUGGAAAGGAACAGAUCGGUACAAAAAUGAAGAAAUUUCUCGAAGAGCACCAACCGAAGAAUCUCAAGAGAUCGAACGCUACAUAUUGUGGUUGUGAAUGUUGUAUUUGUGUGUCUGUUGAGGUCGGUUUCGAUACGCCAAAAGGGCCGGCUAAAGUGGUUGAGCAUCACAUUUGGAAGAAGCAGAACAACGAAUGGAAAUUGUACCAUAUUGAGUACGAAUUGUCUUAA